AUGUCUCGUACAUCAUCAAAUUUGACAAUUGUGAUAAAGCUUGGUACUUCGUCAAUAUGUGAUGAAGAAACUAGUUUACCGUUAUUGUCCAAUCUUUCAUUGCUGGUCGAAACAAUUGUGAAACUUCGUAAUUUAGGCCAUAAAGUAAUCUUGGUCACUAGCGGUGCUAUUGGAGUUGGAUUGAGAAGGUUGGAGAUGAAUAAGAAGCCAAAGAAAUUGGCCGCGAUUCAGGCCAUAGCAGCCGUUGGUCAGGGAAGGCUAAUGAGAAUGUAUGACGAUUUGUUCAGUCAAUUGAAUCAACCGAUCGCUCAAAUAUUAUUGACCAGACACGAUCUUUCCGAUCGUACUCAAUACCUUAAUGCAGUCAACACCUUCACCGAAUUAUUGUCCAUGGGAGUGGUUCCCGUUGUCAACGAGAAUGACACCGUAUCCGUUAGUGAAAUCAAAUUCGGUGAUAACGAUACUCUUUCGGCCAUAACAGCCGGGAUGGUUAACGCCGAUUAUUUAUUUUUGAUGACGGAUGUCGAUUGCCUGUAUACGGAUAAUCCAAGAACCAAUCCGAAUGCCAAGCCUGUGGAGGUUGUUGAAGACGUCGGUGAAUUGAGAAAUCAAGUUUCAUCACCUGGCAGCUCUCUUGGUACCGGGGGCAUGUUUACAAAACUGGUUGCGGCGGAUCUGGCAACCGCAGCGGGGGUCACGACAAUUAUAAGUCGUGGAUCAAGUCCUCAAAAUAUUUUGUCUAUCGUCAAACAUCUCUCCACUGAUAAUCCACCAUCGUCGUCUGCACCUCUGCACACUCGUUUCUUGGCCAAGGAUAAUCCAAUGGUGGAUCGAAAGUGGUGGAUAUUGCAUGGUUUGCACACAGCCGGCACUAUUUACAUUGACGAGGGGGCUGUGCGGGCGAUCACAAAAGUUGGUUUGAAAAGCAGUUUGUUUGCGGCGGGGAUUGUGAAGGUGAUGGGGAGUUUCGUCGUACAUCAGGCCGUUAGUCUAGUUAUCGAGAGACCCAAGAAGGACGACGGAGGAGAGAUUGAGUUGGUGGCUAUUGGAAAAGGAUUGGUUAAUUAUUCUUCGACAGAGAUUUCCAGGAUUAAAGGGUGCAAAAGUACAGAAAUCGAAGAGAAAUUGGGAUAUGCUGAUUCUGAAUGCGUGAUCCAUAGGGAUAAUUUGGCUAUCACCUUAAAGAAUUUUGAAGACAGUUGA